AGGGCUAGCGUAAGAAAUUGGGCGCGCGAAAGCUCCGGCAGGAAGACAGAGGCGGUGGAAGAGCGACGAGUUCGGCACCGAAUCAUCAAAUCCAACAAUCUACAAACAUCUUCGAUAAUAUGGCAGAUCCUAAGGACUGUCAAGAUGACCAUGAACCUUCCACAGAGAAUUUGGAAGACACAAACCACGAUCCCCACUUUGAGCCCAUUGUUUCUCUCCCAGAGCAGGAGGUGAAAACGUUAGAGGAGGAUGAGGAGGAGCUUUUUAAAAUGCGGGCCAAGCUUUACCGCUUUGCCUCUGAGAAUGACCCUCCAGAAUGGAAGGAACGUGGCACUGGUGACGUGAAGCUGCUGAAACAUAAAGAGAAAGGCACAAUUCGCCUACUAAUGAGGAGAGACCGGACCCUGAAGAUUUGUGCUAAUCAUCACAUUAUCCCUAUGAUGGAGCUGAAACCCAAUGCUGGCAGCGACAGGGCCUGGGUAUGGAACACACUAGCAGAUUUUGCUGAUGAAAGGCCCAAACCUGAACUCCUGGCAAUACGCUUCCUCAAUGCAGAAAAUGCUCAGAAGUUUAAGGUGAAGUUUGAGGAGUGCAAAGAGGAAGUCAGAAAAUCUCAAGAGGGGACAGGCAAAACUGACGGUCCAGACAAAGUGGCAGAGAAAUUGGAGGAGCUUUCAGUAAAGGGAGAAGAAACGUCAGAGGAAAAGAAGGGGGAGAAAAAGGAGGCGAAGGCUGAGGAGAAGAAUUGAGAACCGAAAACUUGCUUUGCUGAUCUUCAGUUUAUCAGUUUUUCCAUUUCUUUUUUUUUUCUUUUUUAAAUAUACAAUAGACUAUAAAGGAACUGAAUUUGGACACUUACAUAUUGUUUUGUUUAGUUACUCUUUUUUUUUCUGGAUGCCAUUUUGCUUCAAGAUCACAAGUCCUUGGUGCCACUGGGAAGAAAUAAAAAAGAUAAAUAGGCAGUUUAUGGGAAAAAGAGCCCUUUCCCUCCCACUCCUCUCCUUUUUGCACUGUGGAGCGCCUGGCUUUCUACUCUGGUCAUUUGCAAUUCAAUAUUACUUUUGACAAACUGUGAAAUGAGGCUUGUGAUAUUGAUAAUUCCCACAUUGGGCUGAUUAAUUUUUUUUUUAAUGCAAAGUUAGUUGAUAAGAGUUAAGGAUUAGGUAGCCUGCUUGUUAGCGGCGCAGGAACAGGGAACAGGCAUUACUGAGGCACGAGUCCUAGGAUGCUUCUUAACGGGCCUUCCUGCCCUUCUCCUCAUCUCCACUGUUAGAUCAAGCAAGUAAGACGAAGACGGUGGAUGCUUGAGAGGAAUUUUCUCUUCCUAGGUUACUUCAUUGCCGUUCUGAUGAAGAAACGGACUAGAAGAGAAAUCAAAGAAGGUUGAAUCAGUUCAUGUGGAUACGUUUAUUGACAGAUAUGUUUCAUCACUCAACUGAGUGACAUCUAUAGUCUAAAUUGAUUACAGGUAUCCCCACCCCUUAUAAACAAUACAGUUGCACAGAAUGCAUCAGUCGCCAUCUUACAAUGCUGUGAUUGCAACAUUCCCUAAUCCUCUGUGAAUAGCACACAUGGCCAGUGAAACUCUUAGUUAAUGGUCACACCCAUAUUUGCAUAUGAAACUGGUCGUUGGUUUCGGUCAUGCAGCUGUAUUGUACUAAUAAUACAUUUUAUUUGUGCGCGUCUUUCAGAGCACUCAAUGACACCUUACAGAACACAGUUUUAAAAAAAAAAGCAGCACUGUAUCAGGCAGCAUAAAAUCAAAACAAAGCAGGGUAGACAAUAAAAAGUUAAUGCAACAGAUAGAGUACUGUAUUGUUUAUAAGGGGGGGGAUACCUGCAGUCAAUUGAAGAUGUCACUUAGUCACGUAUCUGUCAAUAAACGUAUCUAGAUGAACUGAUCCAACCUUCUUUGAAUUUCUUACCUGGAUUAUUGAGCAUGCAUCAAGACACUAGAAGAGAAAGCUACUCCAGACAAUUGAGGUGCAACAAGUGCAUGUUGUUAUUUGCGUUUUCCACCAGUAUCUGGCUUAAUUGAUGAGGUGCACUUAACACUUGACUCGAAUUUAUAAGGGUCCCCUCCCCUCCAUUUUGAGACCUUUAAAUUGUCAUUAAUCCAAAGUCAACGGUUUAUCACUUUUGAGUGUUGGUUGUUUCCUGGCCGGAGCUCCCAGGAAAGUUCUAGAUAGUAUUUUUUUAGAUUCAUAACAUUCCCAGAUUUAAAGCAUGUAGACUAUGUAUAAUGGAAGAGUGAUAAUGGCGUAUCAGAUCUGUGUGCUCAUUACCCUAGCCUUCCUUCCCACUAAUUGAAUUUUUACCCUUAGCCUCAAAAGUGCAUUUAAGUGCCAGUGCAUCUGUAAAUACAUGUACAUGGAUGAAAUGUUACUUUUCAUUUGCUCUCAAAUGGUUUGAAAUGUUUCCUCCACCUUACAAUAAAAUCUCUGAAAG